GAGAGCGCUUGGGCUUUCCAGCCUGCUCCUCCCACCAGAGACAACCUCCCGCUGCCGCUCCGCCGAGCAGCACUGCACACACGGCUCCGCCGCGGCGUGCGGGACGCGGGCACAGCGCCGCCGCCGCCACCGCCGGGGGAAGCGCCCCGGGCCGCCGCCGCCGCCCCGUCCAUGGGCCGGGGCCGCUAGGCAGCCCCCGCCGCCGCCGGCGGGCCAUGAGCGGGCUGCGGCACCUCCGCGGGGGCUGCCGGCCGCCGCAGUGAGCGCGGGGCCGCGCCGUCCCUCCGCGCCGCUCCGCGCCGCGCAUGCUGGUGGGGCGCGUCCCGCGGCGGGGCAGCCCCGCGCCCCCCGCGCCGCCCCUCCGCAGCCGCCGCCGCCGCCGCGCCGCGAUGCCGGCGGCGGGGCGCGGGCAGCCCGCCUCCUGGCUCCUGGUGCUGGGCGCCGCCGCCCCCGCCCUCUGGCUGCGCUGCGUCCUCGCCGACUUCACGGUGGACAACGAGGUGCACUCCAGCUUCAUCCACCGGCGGCUGCGCGGCCCCGAGCGCCGCGAGAUGCAGCGGGAGAUCCUCUCCAUCCUCGGCCUGCCGCACCGCCCGCGGCCCCACCUCCACGGCAAGCACAACUCGGCCCCCAUGUUCAUGCUGGACCUCUACAAUGCCAUGUCCGUGGAAGAGGGGGCGGCGGGGGCCGCGGCCGAGGAGGGCGAGGGUUUCUCCUACCCCUACAAGCCCAUCUUCAGCACCCAGGGGCCGCCCCUGGCCAGCCUGCAGGACAGCAACUUCCUCACCGAGGCUGACAUGGUCAUGAGCUUCGUCAACUUGGUGGAGCAUGACAGAGAGUUUCACCAUCAGCGCUGCCACUACCGAGAGUUCAGGUUUGAUCUCUCCCGAAUCCCAGAGGGGGAAGCGGUGACGGCUGCUGAGUUCAGAAUAUAUAAGGAUUACAUCCGUGAACGCUUCGAUAAUGAAACGUUCCAGAUUAGUGUCUACCAGGUACUCCAGGAGCACCCGGGAAGGGAUUCAGAUUUGUUCCUGCUCGACUCUCGAACAAUCUGGGCCGCAGAAGAAGGGUGGCUGGUGUUUGACAUUACCGCAACCAGUAAUCACUGGGUGGUGAAUCCUCAACACAACCUUGGCCUGCAGCUAUCCGUGGAAGGCAUCGAUGGGCAAAGCAUCAAUCCCAAACUGGCGGGUCUUAUUGGAAGGCACGGCCCACAGAACAAGCAGCCGUUCACGGUAGCCUUCUUCAAAGCCACCGAGGUGCAUCUCCGCAGUAUUCGCUCCACAGGAGGGAAGCAAAGGAGCCAGAAUCGAUCAAAAACACCAAAGAACCAGGAAGCUUUCCGGGUGUCGAACAUCGCAGAGAACAGCAGCAGCGACCAGCGACAAGCCUGCAAGAAGCAUGAGCUCUACGUCAGCUUCAGGGACCUAGGGUGGCAGGACUGGAUCAUCGCUCCAGAGGGCUAUGCUGCUUAUUACUGUGAAGGAGAAUGUGCUUUCCCGUUGAAUUCAUACAUGAAUGCUACAAAUCAUGCCAUUGUACAGACACUGGUUCACUUUAUAAACCCAGAGACUGUGCCGAAACCCUGCUGCGCUCCUACACAACUCAAUGCCAUCUCAGUGCUGUAUUUUGAUGACAGCUCCAAUGUUAUCUUAAAAAAAUACAGGAACAUGGUGGUACGAGCAUGUGGCUGUCAUUAGAUUUGUAGGAAAGAAGAAAAAAAAAAGUUAUUUGUAAAGAGUGGUUUUGUAUGGCUAUGUGGGGGAGGGGAAAAAGGUUAGCACUCCAGAGAUGGGCUUAAAAAAAUCCCAAACAGUUUUUAGGACCAGGCUUCUGAAAGUUCAGACAAUGGAACAGUUUCUGGAUCUAAGUGGCAUUUGAACACAUUUUGUUUUAGUUUAUUACAGACAAUGAGCUUGUAAACUGAAACAAGCCAGAGAAACCAUUCAAAACCAAAUCUGCCUACAAAAUUGGCUCCUACAAAACAUACUUUUGCAAAUGAGUCUUUCUGAAGAUCGCAAACUCACCAGUGGUGAUUGUGAGUUAAAAAAAACCCAAAACUAUCCAAGGUGAGAAUGUGCUGUGACUAAUAAGCAUGUGUAGUUCCUGUAAUACAGUUUGCAAUAAAAUAAGUGAACAAAA